GCCCGGGGCGGGGCGGGUCUCGGUCGCAGGCAGCGGCAGGCCCGGACACGGCCCGGCCUGGCGCCUCGGUCGGGUUCCUGCGCCGGGGGACGGGCUGAGCCAUGUGGGGCCGCUACCCGGCGGCGCGGCGGCGGCUGCUGAUGCUGAGCCUCAGCCGGACUUUGAAUCAAAAGUCAUGGAGGUGGAAGAGUGGGCCUGCAAAUGAAAGAGCACUACAAUACAAGAUAGGAGAGCAAAUCCAUGGGUUCACUGUAAACCAGGUAACAGCUGUUCCUGAGCUAUUCCUAACUGCAGUGAAGCUUAGUCAUGAGAGCACAGGAGCCAAAUAUUUACAUGUGGCGCGUGAGGACUCCAAUAAUCUAUUCAGUGUACAAUUUCGUACCACCCCGUUGGACAGUACUGGUGUUCCACAUAUCCUUGAACACACCGUGCUUUGUGGUUCUCAGAAGUAUCCUUGCAGAGAUCCUUUCUUUAAAAUGUUAAACAGAUCACUGUCCACUUUCAUGAAUGCAUUCACAGCCAGUGAUUACACACUCUACCCAUUUUCAACACAAAAUCCAAAGGAUUUUCAGAAUCUCCUGUCCGUGUAUUUGGAUGCUGCUUUUUUCCCAUGUUUGCGACAACUAGAUUUCUGGCAAGAAGGUUGGAGGCUAGAGCACGAGAAUCCAACUGAUCCUCAGACACCACUAGUCUUCAAAGGAAUUGUUUUUAAUGAAAUGAAAGGGGCAUUUACAGACAAUGAGAGGUUAUUCUCACAACACCUACAGAAUAAACUCCUUCCUGAUCACACUUAUGCUGUAAUAUCUGGUGGAGACCCAUUAAGUAUUCCUGACCUUACAUGGGAACAGCUUAAACAGUUCCAUGCCACUCAUUAUCAUCCAAGCAAUGCUAGGUUCUUCACUUAUGGUAACUUCCCAUUGGAGCAGCAUUUGAAACAAAUUCAUGAAGAAGCGCUGACUAAGUUUCAUAGAAUUGAACCAAAUACCGCCAUCCCAGUACAGCAACUCUGGGAUAAGCCUAGAGAGCAUCAUGUGAAAUGUGGCUCAGAUUCAUUUGCUGCAGACCCUACAAAGCAGACAACUAUCAGUGUCAGCUUCCUGUUGACAGACAUUACAGAUACUUUUGAAACUUUCACGCUUAACCUGUUGUCUUCCCUGUUGGUUGGUGGACCUAAUUCUCCCUUCUACAAAGCCUUACUUGAGGCCAAUCUUGGUACAGACUUUUCUCCUGAUGUUGGGUUUAAUGGCUGCACGCAAGAGGCUUACUUCAGUGUAGGCCUGCAGGGAAUUGCUGAGAAAGACAUAGAAACAGUCAAACAAAUUACUGCUAGAACAAUAGAUGAAGUUAUUGAGAAAGGAUUUGAGGAAGAGAGGAUUGAAGCCCUACUUCACAAAAUUGAAAUCCAGAUGAAGCAUCAGUCUACAAGUUUUGGACUUGCCCUGACAUCAUACAUAGCCUCCUGCUGGAAUCAUGAAGGAGACCCUGUGGAACUUUUGAAGAUUGCAAGCAAAGUGACUCAGUUCAGGCAGCACCUCAAGGAAAACCCAACAUUUCUUCAAGAAAAAGUUAAACAGUAUUUUAAGGAUAAUCCACAUAGAUUGACUCUGUCGAUGAGUCCAGAUGAAAGCUACUAUGAAAAACAAGCAAAAUUGGAAGCCGAAAAACUGAAACAAAAGGUUAAUGUUCUUUCUGAAGAAGAGAAGAAACAAACGUAUGAAAAAGGUUUGGAAUUAAUUGCUCUUCAAAGCAAACCUCAGGAUACCUCCUGUCUCCCGGCUCUAAAAGUAUCUGAUAUUGAGCCCACAAUCCCAUUCACUGAGCUGGAGAUGGCAUUUGCAGCUGAUGAAAUCCCUGUCCAAUACUGUUCUCAGCCAACCAAUGGGAUGGUAUAUUUCAGAGCUGUUUCCAGCUUGAAUACACUUCCAGAGGAGCUCAAACCAUACGUGCCACUGUUCUGCAGUGUCAUUACUAAAAUGGGCUGUGGAGCCCUAGGUUACAGAGAGCAAGCCCAGCAAAUGGAGCUAAAAACAGGUGGCAUGUCUGUCAGCCCACACAUCAUUCCAGAUGAUUCACAUCUGGAUGCAUAUGAACAGGGUGUGCUCUUUUCUUCUCUUUGCCUGGAUAGAAAUCUGCCAGACAUGAUGCACUUGUGGAGUGAAAUCUUUAACAACCCACACUUUGAAGAAGAGGAGCAUUUUAGAGUACUGGUUAAGAUGACUGCACAAGAGCUAUCAAAUGGCAUUCCUGAUUCUGGGCAUUUAUAUGCAUCUGUUCGAGCUAGCAAAACCCUUACGCCUGCUGGAGAGUUGCAAGAAAUGUUUAAUGGCAUGGAUCAGGUGAAACUGAUUAAGCGAAUUGCAGAAAUGUCUGAUAUUAAACCAGUACUGCGCAAACUACCACGCAUUAAGAAAUAUUUAUUAAACAGUGAUAACAUGAGAUGUUCAGUGAAUGCUACACCUCAACAGAUUUCACAAGCAUCAAAAGAAGUAGAAAACUUUUUAAAGGGCAUCACUAGAAGCAAAAAAGAGAGAAAACCUGUCCGCCCCCAUGUGAUUGAGAAGUCUCCAGUGUCCGUGCCUGUUGGAAGGGAAAGGCUUAAUUGUUCACAAAUCACAAGAAAACUAAUUACUGAGCCUACCUUCAAACCAUGUCAGAUGAAGACACAUUUUCUACUUCCCUUUCCAGUGAAUUAUGUUGGAGAAUGCAUUCGAACUGUUCCCUACACAGCUUCUGAUUAUGCAAGGUAGGUGCGCAUGCACGCCAAGCUCCCGAGUCCAGAAAUUCUAACAAGCAGUGUCCGUUGGCCCAAGCAUGCACAGAAGUUCACCUUGUGCGUCAGACCCAGGACAUAACAGGUAGUGUGAGUCAACACCUCUCCAGUUCCUUCUUGCUGCUGCAUGGCCUGAGUUGGAAUCCCUGUGUCCACAUAUUUCUCUAGCUUUUAUACUUGUACUCUGUAAAUACAUUUCUAAACAGGGUAUAGUUUAUAUUAGCAUAGUUAGCUAUUAAUAUAGGUAAGGUUUUUCCCCUCCAAACCAGGGACUCCCUCCCUGUGGUCUGGGACUGUGCUUUAAAGUCCUAGGGUUCAAGAACCAUUUCCCCUGCCCUUGUUCCUUUUCCAUGAAUGACAAUCACCAACCCUGUCUCUAUUGUUUGGAUGAGACAUGUAUUGAUGCAAAGUGCAGCAUCUGUCAUGCUUUUCUGCUGCAAACUUGCAAAGCUUGUGAACUUUGAUUAAGAAAACACCUUAUGGAGAAGGAUGGGGCCUUCCUCUGAUCCAGGCCAGGGAGACCCCCCCCCCCCGCCAUACAUUUGCCCCAUCAGAUGAGCAACACCCCUCCGACCACAAGCUUAAGAGUGGAAUCUAAGCUGCUUAGCCCAAGAAUUCUUCUUCCUGGGUUUCCCAUGAGACUAAGGGUAUGUCUGCACUACCUGCGCUCUCCCGUCGCCUCCUGUACUCCACCGCUGCGAGAGGCGCAGGCAGAAUCGACUGGGCAGCGGCAGCUGUCUACUCACCAUAGUGAAGACACCGUGGUGAGUAGGUCUAAGUACGUUGACUAAAGCUAUAUUAUUCACAUAGGUGAAGUUCUGUAACUUAGAUCGAUUUCCCCCCUUAGUGUAGAACAGGGCUGAGGAAUACUCUCUUAUGCUUGUAAGGACAGAUGCCCUUCUGGAUCUGCCUAUGAAGGGAAGGAAUACCUUCCUGAGCCCAUCCAGGCUGGGUGAGCAUUUGCGUGCAAAUCUGAUGGGUCCAGGACCACCAAAGACCCACAGAUUGGUGGGUAAAGUAUGCAAAAAGGAGCUGUUGGUACCAUUGGUAGCUCCAGUUCCAAAACACAAGGACUGACACCCACUGGCUCAAUCCAGAAGUGCUGGGCCUCAUUGUUCCUCAGUACUGUCCCAUCAUCCUCAGGACCACUUGGCUACAACUCCCUGGGACAAGUAAGAACCAUCAGUCCUGACUGUUGGAAUGCUUCAAGCACUAAGUCUUAUGGACACUUUUAUACUACACUCUCUUACGCUCAGUCUUUUCUCUUCUCUGGCCUGGUGCUUAUGAGGGACAGUGCCACAGUAGAGGACAAAGCUAGGUUUUGAUGUCACUGGAGCCAUCCCUUCUCCAACUCUCCGGUAUUGUUGGUUCUCCGGUAGUGAAGUGAGAGCAGUUGUCGGACUUGGAUAGAUAGGACGCUCUUGCUGUUCUGUCAUCUCCUUGUAGAGAGCUGAGCCAUGAUAGACAGUCAAGGAGAUCUGAGCACCAUCUUCCCAGUUCUGACUUCCCUAGGGAUCACUGGUACACAAUGCCAUGGUCUCCACACCACGUGCAGUUGAUCCUGCCUUUUUGGCCUUAUUGGGGGCCCUUGCAUUCCUGUGGAAGAUGCCCUGAUCUCUCCACAAAUCCUGCGACAACUCUCCUACGUGGCACCACUAGAUCCGUUGGAGUACGAGAAGGAGGACAUAGGCUCGGAUGUGCAGAUAUCGACGGGAAACUCAUUUUUGUCUCCAGAUGAAGCCGUCACUCGAUCCUCACUAUCUCCACUGAAUGACCAUAGGCAAUACCAGGAGCUAUUUCAUACAAUUGCCAGUGACCUCCAGACACCACUGGAGGAGGUCCAGGAUUCCCAGCAUCCGGUCAAAGCAAGGUGGUGCUCCUGAUUAACAAGGCAGUCAUGGAGCCAGCCAGAGUAGUCUGGCACACUCCAAACUCAUGCAUCCCCACAUCUAAGAGGGCUGAGAGAUGCUAUUAUGUUCCUGCCAGAGGGGCUAAAUUUCUCUUCUCCCACCCAGCGCACAACUCCCUUGUAGCCCUAGAGAGAGCAAAGUCACAGCAUCCCAAGACCACACAGGCUGACAGGGCUCAAAGAGAUCAGACCUUAUGGGGAAAACGGUCUUAUCUUCUAUGAGCUUACAAUUCUGUAUUGCUAACUAUCAGGCCUCAUUAGUGAAAUAGGAUUUUAAGGACAAUCUUCCCUCUGAUGACAGAUCCCAGUUUGUCUCUCUUAGAGGAGGGCAAAUUAGUGGCUAAGACUUCCUUUCAAGCUGCGGUAGAUGCAGCUGACACUGCAUCCAGAGACUUAACCACUGGCAUAGUCAUGAAGCAUGAGUCUUCGCUUCACUGCUCACAGCUUCCCAAGGGGGUCCAGAACACCAAACAGGACCUGCCUUUCGAUGAGUUGAGUUUGUUUACUGAGAAAAUGGGCACAUCCCUACACUUGUAGAAAGACUUGGAUGACUCUACACUCCCUGGGCGUUUACACCCCACUCCCGUGGGCAAUGCACCAGAGGCGGGGAUAUAGACCAAGGCUGCCCCCUCCACAGUCAACGCUCAGCCUCCCCAUAAAUGAUAGGAUUCAGAGACCUUGAUAUUCAGCCACCUCUACUACCAUGACCUCUGCCCAUUCUCAGUCACCUGCCAAGGGCUACUUUUGAUGCAUAGUUGAGAUCCAUCUACCACUGUUGAUGCCAGUCACUUCUACCCCCAUGAUCUUUGAGGGCCACCUCAUGCUUUUCAUCCACAAUUAGGAUUCCAUCAUGACAGACAGUUGAGUCCUAGAAAUUAUACAUCAAGGAUACUCCAUAGAGUUUCUCCCUUCCUCCCCCCACACAAGUCCCUCUUCAAGGAUCACUCUUACAAGGUGAUUCUUUGCCAGGCAUCCCUCCUCCUACGAGGGACAAUAGAGCAGUACCACCUCAGUGUCAAGGAAAAGGGAUUCUAUUUCCCUUACUUCUAAGGCCCCUGAAAAGAUGAAGGGUGGAGACCCAUUCUGGACCUUCAAUGGCUGAAUAUUUUUAUUCAAAAGUCAAAUUUCAGCACAGGAGGGAAUGUGGUUCGUGGCUCUCAACAUGAAGAAUCCUGUCUCACAAAAAGUUCCUUCGUUUCUAGUGGAGCGAGAGCAUUUCCAGUUCAGACUUCAGACUGAUGAUCGCACCCAAAGUAUUCAUAGAAGUCUUCUCUAUGGUGGCAGCCCAAUUGAGACAGGAUUACAUACGGGUUUUCCUGUAUCUCAGUGCCUGGGUCCUGUAGGUGGAUCUGGCCCAGAGGUCUGUUUGCAACUUUGUUCCUGCAGCAGCUGUUAGCAGCAGUAGGAGUCUGUGUAAAUGAAGAAAAGACUAUUUUAACACCCACACAGAUAAACUUUAUCAGAAUGACACUAGACUCCACUACAGCAAGAGCUUUCCUCCUCACGAAAAUAUUUCAGCUAAUGAGUUAUCUGAUAGUACAGAUUACUCACAGACCAAGAACUACACUCAGGAUGUGCCUUUUUCUCCUGGGCCACAUGGCCUCAUGCACUUAUGUGACCCAUUCCCCCAGGUUUCAUAUAUGCUGCCUACAAACCUUGCUCUGUUCAGUCUACUCAUCAGAAAAGGAUCGCAUUAACACCAGCGUAACUAUUCCCACCAGAGUCAUCGUCGAACCCAGAUGAAGUGAGAGCAGAGGCGACAUGUGAGACGGUACGUAAGUCACGUGUCCCGCAGAUUUCUGCCAAGAUUUGUCAGUCUCGCUUGGUCACCUGGCACGGCCAGGCCUUGUCCCUGCGUGGCAGCUGCCAGAGCCGAUGAGCUGUGAGCUGCACACCGUGGGGAAAGGUAGGAGCAACAGCUGGGAGCUCCUGGGGGGGCCUGGUACUUUCCGGGUAGGGAGACAGGGUAAGCGGGAGACCUGCCUGGGAGGGGGCAUGACUCAAACUGUUCUGGGGGUGGCCGUACAUUUAAAUUGUAACCCCUGCACUAUCAGCAGGUACAGGUCGUCUCUGAGUGAGAGUGGGCUUUCCCUUUGUCGCUCCCACCUUCACAGUCACCAUUGUAACAGACUCAUCCCUUUUGGGUCAGGGUGUUCACCUAAACAACACAGUGUCAUCCUUUCUGCAGUAGAUGGGCAUUCUAUCUUUAUAGACCCUAUAGCGCUGAGGCUUAUGAAAGGCCUAGUUAGAACCUUUCUGCUAAUCAUCAAACCUACGGCUCAGAGGGACCUCAGUCUCAUACUGUCAGCACUCACUGGGCUGCCAUUUGAACCCUUGGCAACAUGUUUAACCUGUCAUAUUAUUAGUGGUUAUUACCUCAGCCAGAAGGAUGGGCAAGAUGGGAGCCCUCAUGGCAGACCAACUGUAUACUGUUUUUCACAAGGAAAAGGUCUUUCUUUGAUUGAAUCCUUAAUUUCUCCCCAAGGUUAUUUUGGAAUUUCAUGUCAACCAAGCUAUCCAAUUACCUGUUUUUCUUCCAAAAACGCCAUACCUCUGUUAAGGAAGCUUCAGUCCCUUGACAUCAUACGCACCUUAGCAUUCUACCCGCACAGGUCAAAUCUAUCAGGAAGUCUCCUAGGCUCUUUCUUACAAAGAGUUCACGAGGACAAACUCUAUCUUCUAAGAGGAUCUCUAAAUGGGUUUGUGGCAUCAUUGUGUGCUAUCAAUUGAUACAUAUCCCUCCAUCUGACAGGGUAAGGGCACUUUCCACCAGAGCACAAGCUGCCUCUGCAACAUCACUGCACAAAGUACCAUCUCUGGAUGUGUCCAGGGUGGCUAGCUAGAGUUAAACAUUGCAUGCUAGUUCAAGCCUCUGCUGCGGACACAGCAGUGGAAACUGCAAUAGUUCAAGCAUCCUUGCACCCCGCCUCCAGUCUGAAUACUGCUUGUCAGUCAUCCACAUGUGGAAUACACACAGGGACCAGCACUUGAAGAAAUGCAACUGGAAGUUCUUUGAGGUAUGUGGUCCCAAUCUAUAUUCCAGUAUCCACCCUCUGUCUCUUCGGAUCUUUUUGGAUUCGUAAGAAGAGGAACUGGAGAGCCAUUGGCCUGCAUUGCCUUUUAUGUCCUCGGUCUGGAGCAUGAGAUGAACUACUGCGCGUGUGCGGGCCAGUGGACGCUGCUUGUUAGAAUUUCCAGAGUUGGAUGCAUGGCAUGCAUGCGCACCAAUUUGUGGAAUACACAUAGGAAUUGCCUAUUUCAAAGAACUUCUACCACAGGUAAGUAACCUCCAUAUAUUUUGAACCACAUUCAUGAGAAAUCCUCUAGAAGGCAGUAUUUGCACAGCUGUUAAUCUAAUUGUGUUUAAAUAAUUGCCUAAAAAUAUCACCUGCUUGUGUUCUAACAAGUUCUGUAAGGGAGGGUGGAGUCACUGGAUCAAAAUCUACUGUUUCUGCUCGACUCCUGCUGAAGUCUUUUUACAAGGACAGAAUUUGCCACGUUGUUAGAAUUUGGGUAC